UUUUCUCUGAAGAUACCAAAUACUUUUCAAUGGAGUUGAAUACGCGAUUCUUUUCAUUAUUUCUCCUAAUAAUCGUUCAAUGUAAUCUGGCAUGGAGUUUGACCUUCAUUUGUGGAAGAUCUGUGGAAGUUUAUGUUGGAAGCAAAGGGAAACCAGAUGAAAAAUUUCGAAAAGUAACAAUUAAAAUGUUUGGUACUGAAAAUGACUUUAAUAGCGCUGUAGCAGCAAAUCAAGCAAUGAAUUGGGAACAAGUAGAUAAAGCUAAAUGUUGCAGUUGCUGUAGAGAUUUAGGGACACCAGUAUCCUGGACUGAAUAUUGUGUUAAGACUAAACAAGGCUUUGUAUUCAUCAAUGAUGGAGACUAUAACAAGAAAAUACACACGCAACACUUUUAUGACAGAAAUUUUCCUUCAACAUGUUGCAUUGGGAAUCCAGGUUUAAUUAAAAAGAAGGUCAAAGUCUCUGAUGUCAAUAAAAUAUAAAAAUAUCUAUGAAAAUUCUAUAAACGAUUAAAAUGGUUCGAAAAUUUUAUAAAACGAAAUGAAUAAAUGAUGAAUAAUUUUA